GUCACGCACCACCACCAGACCCAGCCCGAGCACAGGGGAGAGAGAGGUCGUCGGCGGCGGAGGAGGAGAGGCGACCGGAGAUGGGGCGGAAGGCGAAGGUGGAGUUCGACGAGAGACCGCCGGAUGACUUCGACCCGAAGCACCCGUACGCGGACCCGGUGGCGAUGCUGGAGUACAGGGAGCACCUGGUGCGGGAGAAGUGGAUCCAGAUCGAGACCGCCAAGAUCAUCCGCGAGCGCCUCCGCUGGUGCUACCGCGUCGAGGGCAUCAACCACCACGUCAAGUGCCGCCACCUCGUCGACCAGUACCUCGAGUCCACCCGCGGCGUCGGCUGGGGCAAGGACCACCGCCCGGCGUACCUGCACGAGCCCAAGAAAGUGGUCGAAGUCGAGGAGUAGCGCGGCUGCUUCUGCUGCUGAUGUUCCUGUAAUGGUGAGGGUGCAGGUUAUCUUUCUGUUGAAAUUGAAAGGAGUAACCUGAACUGCUGCAGCUCUUCUCUUACCUGUGAAGCUGCUGAUAGACCUUUAAUAAAUGAUGACAAGGAAACAUUAUGUUAUUGUGUCUGUAAUUUUUGUCACUUUGAGGAAUUGAGCAAAUCAUUGCUUGGACUUUCCUGCCUUGUUUCCAAUUUUCGUUCAUACAAAUGGUGUUUAUCUUGAUCUAAAGGGUACGAAAGAUGGUUUUUGUUGUGAUGUA